AUGGCUUUCUGCAGCUGCGAUGGCGGGCCGCCGCCAGAGGAGUUUGUUUAUGAGGUCGUUCUCACCUCUCAGCUGGACAAACUCCGUGCCACAUUGCUUCAGCAUCACCGAACAGAGAUGGAGCGGCUGCGCCAGCAGAACCUGAAGCUCCGAACGGAGCUGGGCCUGGCGCGCCAGGGCAUUGAUUCUGAGGAGGACCCACUGGUGACCACCGUGGCGGACAAGGACCUUCCGGCUGCAAGCGCCCCGCUGUUGGUGGAAGUGCAUCCUGGAAGGGUUGAGCGAGACGAUGCGCUCAAACCCGCGGAGAGGUGGGCUCUUCUCGCUGCCUCCCUGCUGGACGGUGAGGCAGUGCAGCAGGAGGAUGGCCCCAGUUCUCCCUUGGCGGCAAGCUACGCGCCCGUGCCGCUGCAGAUGAAGGCUACCUGGGCGGCUGGCGUCCACCACAUGCGUCAAGUCAGAUCGUUUCGGACGACACUUACCGGAUUCAACUCCUCGCUGCGGAUGCAAGAUGCGGUGCAGGAGGAGGACAGCAUCUUCCAGCGCUUUGUUGUGGGCCCACGCAGCAAGCAGCAGAUGUUCUGGUCCACGCUGGGAACCCUUUGGAUCGUUUGGGAUCUGAUUACUAUCCCACUGGGCCUGUUCCAGGUCGAGGAGUUCAUCAAAGCAAUGAGCAACGUAGCACGGGUUUCCUUCGUGUAUUGGCUCUUUGACAUCCCCGUGCACUUCUUCUUCGGCGUCGAAAGAAAAGGGAAGCUCGAGAUGCGGCCUUCUGUCUUGGCGCGGCACUACUUGCGCUCAUGGUUCUGGGUGGAUGUCUUGAUCGUGGGGCUGGAUGCCACGCUGAUCACGGUGGAAGCUCUUCGUGACAUGGGAGUGAACUCGACCAUCUUUCGGUCGGCACGCUUCCUUCGAACACUCCGCCUCCUUCGGUUGCUGCGCCUUGUGCGUGUGGCCAAGUUGCAGCAGGAGCUCAUGCUCCUGGCAAACAGCUUUCUUUCGACCCACGCCUUUAUGGUUGUGAAGAUCUGCGUCGGGUUGGUGAUGAUGUUGAUGAUCAAUCACAUCAUCGCGUGCUGUUGGUACGGUAUCGGCACGUUUGACAUUGACGGCAAAAACUGGAUUGCACAAGCUGACAUGCAGACUGUGUCUUUUGGCGAGGCUUAUGCCGCAUCGAUGCAUUGGGCACUGACCCAGUUUACGCCAGCCACGCAAGACAUCGCUCCGAGCAAUGCGUUGGAGCGUGUCUUCGCGCUCCUCGUGAUUCUCAUGGCCAUUGGAGUGUUCUCGUCCUUUAUUACCUCCAUCACUGCUACCAUGAGCUCUCUCCGGAAAGCCCGGGACGAUACAAACAAGAUUCACAUGACGCUUUUCCGCUUCUUCAACCAGCGGAACCUUUCUGUGGGCCUGUAUGGAAAAGUCGAGGAGGCCCUUCGCAUCGAUGGUUUGGCGUCCGUGCGAGUGAAGGAGAGUGAAGUACCGGUUCUGGCAAAGAUGCCCGAACGGCUGAAAAUGCAGCUGCAUGAAGAGAUGUACCUGCCCUUGGUCCAGGUCCUUGGCUUCUGGCCCACUGCCGAGCCGGAUCAUCAGUACUUCUACUCCAACUUGUGCCACACGUGCAUCUCCGAGGACGUCUGCACACAGCAGCAGGACGUGUUCAUGCCUGGCACCGACUGCAAGAAUGUCCUGGUUAUCGAGACAGGGAUGAUGCACUACUUCGCGCGGAACCAGGCCGGGAUACUCACAAGGAACCAGGAGGUCAAGAACGAGGAUGUGCUCUGCCUGCCCUCCCUCUGGGCCGACUGGCACCACCGCGGCCGCCUGACGGCGAGCAGCGGGACCUGCUACUACAUCAAAAUCAAGGCAGACGAGUUUGCCCUCCUGGCGAACAAGUUUGGGGGGGCCAUGUGGAUUCAUCUGCAAAUUUUCGGUGUUCUCCUGAUCAGCGAGAUCGAGAACAGAGAUGAGCGUAGCAACAUCAAAGAGCAUGUCACAGACAUCCAGCUGAGCCCCUCGGUUCGAAUUCAGAACAGCCGUAUCCUAUGA